UGCUAUCUCCCACCAAAAAUGCUGUAACUCCACUCUUUUUUCAAUUUCAGAACCGCCCUUUUUUCCCCCUUUCAUUUAUUUAUUUAUAUUCUCUGCCACCCUCCUCUGUCCUAACCUCUCUCUCACUCAUCCUCCCUAACUUUCUCUCUCUCGUUCUUCUGCCAUGGAAGGGAAAAAAGCAAGAAAUGCCGUCCUCUUCUUUUCCUUCCUCACCGCCACUCUCGCAUCUCUCUCCUCUGCCUCCACACCCCCACUCGAAUACGAGACCCUUCUUCUCACUUCUCUCCCGAUCCCACAACAAACCCUCUCAUGGCCCGAUUCCGAAUCCGAACUCACCGGGUCGGACUUAGAAUCCGAGACGGCGGCGGCGGAGGAGACGGAGACAAGCCUUUCGAUCUCGGCCCAGCUUCACCACAUCGAUGCCCUCUCCGCCGACAAGAGCCCCGAGCAGCUCUUCGACCUGCGUCUCCAGCGCGACGCGCUACGCGUAAAAAACCUCGUCGAGGUUACCGCCGCCGCCGCCUCCAGGAACGUGUCGCGCACGCGCGGCGCCGCGCCGGGGUUUAGUAGCUCCGUGAUCUCCGGGCUCGCGCAGGGCAGCGGCGAGUACUUCACGCGCCUCGGCGUCGGGACCCCUCCGAGGUACGUAUACAUGGUUUUGGACACCGGAAGCGACGUCGUUUGGCUCCAGUGCGCCCCGUGUAGAAAAUGCUACACACAGGCCGACCCGGUUUUCGAUCCGAGUAAAUCACGCUCCUUCGCUAGGAUCUCCUGUGGGUCCCCCCUCUGCCGUAAGUUAGACUCACCCGGCUGUAACCAACGCAAGAUGUGCCUCUACCAGGUGUCCUACGGCGACGGCUCCUUCACCACCGGGGAAUUCUCCACCGAAACGCUGACGUUUCGGCGGACCAGAAUCGGACGCGUGGCUCUCGGCUGCGGCCACGACAAUGAGGGCCUCUUCGUCGGCGCCGCCGGUCUGUUGGGGCUCGGCCGGGGGAGGUUAUCGUUCCCUUUCCAGACCGGCCUCCGGUUCAACCGGAAAUUCUCCUACUGCCUCGCGGACCGGUCUGCGUCGUCCAAACCGUCCUCCAUGGUUUUCGGCGACUCGGCCGUGUCUCGAACUGCCCGGUUCACGCCGCUACUCACCAACCCCAAGCUCGACACGUUCUACUACCUCGAACUCCUCGCCAUCAGCGUCGGCGGGUCCCGUGUCCGCGGCAUCUCCGCUUCCCUCUUCAAGCUCGACCAGGCGGGCAACGGCGGGGUCAUCAUCGACUCCGGUACCUCCGUCACCCGCUUGACUCGACCCGCUUACGUUGCGCUCCGAGACGCUUUCCGGGCCGGGUCGGUCAACUUGAAGCGGGCUCCAGAGUUCUCGCUUUUUGACACUUGCUACGAUCUGUCCGGGAAGACGGAGGUGAAGGUUCCGACGGUCGUUCUGCACUUCCGCGGUGCUGACGUGUCGUUUCCGGCUACGAAUUACCUGAUCCCGGUGGAUAGCUCGGGCACGUUCUGCUUCGCUUUCGCCGGGACGAUGAGCGGGCUGUCCAUUAUCGGGAAUAUCCAGCAGCAAGGGUUUCGGGUCGUCUACGAUUUGGCGGGUUCUCGGGUCGGGUUCGCUCCUCGUGGUUGCGCUUGAUUUUUAAAAAUUUUAUUUUUCCUUUUUUGUGGGGGUAAUGGCGGAGAAGUGCAAAUUGGAAAAGCUCUUUCCUUUUCCUUUUUUUUUUUUUUUUGCUUUUAAGUUAUAUUUUAUUUUAGUUU